AAACCUACUAAAUCAAGAAACAUUUUUUUUGGUUAUGUUAAUAUGACAAAAAAGAUUGGGUACCACUCAAAUUCACAAUUUUACAUGGAACUUAUUGUUACAAAAAAGACUGAAAAUAUUCCUAAUGGAACACAUAUUCACUUGAUGGAUAUUUUUUAUUUACUCUCGGAACUACGUUUAUUUCAAGCUAUAAAUAAUGUGACAACAUCUUCGCUAUGCAAGGCACUCAUCACUCCACAAUUUCAUAACUACUCUAUUGAUUCUUCAAAAGCAAAUUUAAAAAAUUAUAACAUAAAUGUAAAUAGUUCAACGUUUAAGUUUACUAGUUAUAUUCAUUUAUUUUUAUUUCAAAAAGAAGCAGUAAAAAUGGCUGUGACAAUUUGUAAUGCUGUAGAACCCAAAUGUUGGUUUGAUAAUUGGACCUCCAGGUACAGGCAAAACAAAUGUGAUUUGUAA